GUCGCGCAAACAACAAGCAGAAGCUGACCUGGAAGCCCCGCUCGGCAGGAAGCCGUGGCAUCCGUGGCUCUGGCAGUGGGCCGGCAUGGAGCUGACCACGCUGUACGUUAUCCUGGGUGGGUUCGAGCUGUUUCCUCUGGUUCUGGCAGUUUCUCUAAGGGUCCAGCCCAACAGGUCUCAGUUCUUUUUCCGUGACUCGAUUCUUCUGGAGUGCGAUUUGGAAGGAAACUCUUCAGACUGGAGAGUUAAGAAAAGAAGAUAUGACUCGGUAGAAGUAGAAGACCAUUGUACAUCCUCUGCUCCAAAAUGCUUUUUGGACACUCUCUACCCAGUGGACACUGGAGAUUACUGGUGCGAGUCCGAGGCCGGAGAGCUCAGCGACGCUGUUAGCAUCAUUGUAACACGUGGCGCUGUGAUCCUGGAGAGUCCUGCUCUUCCGGUGACGGAGGGGGAAACUGUGACGCUGAUCUGCAGGAGUCGGGAUCUUUCCUCUUCUUCCUCCACCUCGUCCGGAUUCUCUUCAAACUUCUACAAGAACGACCUCCUGAUUGGAAGCACCUCGACAGGAAACCUGAGCGUCCUCAGUGUGUCUCGGUCUGAUGAAGGACUCUACAAGUGUAACAUCUCAGGGGUUGGAGAGUCCUCGCUCAGCCGACUGACGGUCAGAGCAGGGCGACCUGAGCCGACCACGGGCCCGCUCAUGACUCGCAUACCAUUUCCUGUGUUUGCUGUCUGCCUGGCGAUCGUCACACUGCUGCUGCUCGGUCUUUCCAUCAGAUGCACAGGUGAAGAUCAAGAAGCUCUUUUCUACACCACCGUCAUCUACACUCAGCGCAGCUCGGACACCUGCAGAUGUAGACUCCGGACCGACUUUGUGCUCCCCCCUGAACCUGAAGAGUGUCUGACACAGCAUACACACAUCACAGGGAUGUUUGGCCUGAAGCAGGAGAAAGAAGAGUUGAACGUCGUUUCCCGGAGGAGGUGUUGACAUGACUGACAUCGAUCAUCAGCUCAGUCUCACUUUGUGUCUCUUUGGGCCUGUUUACACUACAACACAGGGCUCGACAUUAUAAAUGGCCCGGUGGCCCGGGAGCGCUUUUAAAACCGUCUGGGCCAGUAGAUUGCGCAAUGCGCUGGCCCGUUGGGCCAGUGAAAAAUAAUGCCUUGAAAAUAAAUAAAUAAAUCAUUUCACAUUAAUUCCCAAUGGUACUGUGACAUAAACAUAGCGUUACGUGAUUCCAAUCAAAGAAGAGGUAUUAUUCCUUCUGUGCGCAGCAAGCGCAGAAAGCAGCUGCUGUCGCACACAGCAGAGCCGACUCGCUCCCGUGGUACAUGAACGCGCGUCACUCGCUCGCCUCGCAGUCAUCGCAGGAGGAGAAGAAGAGCAGAAGACGACGACACAAGUUCCACCUUAUAACGAUUAAAAAAAAAAAAAAAAAAAAAUGUUAUUCCAGGGUUUCCGCCAGACCUUGUCAGUCCGGGUGCCCCGCCCACGCUAAAUUCUGCAGCACCCGGACAACGGACAGGAAAUAAAUAAAUAAAUAACAGUGCCGCGCUCGUGGUUAAUUAGCAGUUGAGCUAUGAGUGAGCACCGUGCCGCGACCCCCGUCACACGCUCCCCCCUGGCCAAACUUAUCCUGCAGGAAACACUAAACCCCCAGGUCCCAGCCAAGCGCCUGGCAAAAAAGCCAAAGAAAAGAAAGUCAGAGGAGGAGAGGAGGAGGAGAGAGAGGAAGUGUUGCAUCGUGGCCGAAAGAACUCCAUACAACAUCUCCAAGUUUACUGACCACUUUACUUCAGUUGCACAGUCUGUUACAAACAGCUUCUUCUGAUCAUUCUAUAUUGUCUCUUUUAUUAU